AUGCAUAGUGGUUUUCUAAAUAAAAAACUUGAAUAUGAAUACAAUUCAAUCGUUAAUAGAAUGAUGAUAUUAUUGAUUGAUCAAUUAUCAUUACAACUACAAUUGAGUAUACAUACUUUUAUUUCAUUGUUUAGAUUAGAUUGCUAAUAAAACAUUCUUUGACAAACAAUUUUAUAAGCUUUAUAAUCAAAUUAAAGAAUUAGAAGGAUAAAAAGCAUAGCCUCCUAAAUUUAGUAAUUUAUUAUAACCUUUACAAUUUGUUAUUUAAAAAAAUGGAAAUCAAAACAUAACUAUUAACAAUUAAAAUUAAAAUUUCCAAAAAACAUAUGUUCCUCCAAUUUUGGAACAGGAUGCAGGUUUUUCUACAUAAUAUACAAAAACUUAAACUAUCUCAACAAGAGCAAAAUCAUUAAUUGUAUAAUCAAAACAAUAGCAGACAUUUUCUCCAAACAGGGUAAGUCGGGUUUGUAGAUAUUCAGAUAGAAAAAAAACUAAAGUGUAAUUAAUGAAUGUUGGUGAAUUCUAUGCCGAUUUUUAGAAUGAAUCAUAAAUAUUAGGCAAAAAAUAACAAAACAAUGGAUAAAGGUUUCAUACUACAGAUUAAUAUUCAAUAGUGAAAACACCUCUAAAUUUGGAAGCCCAAUAAAACAGAGAUACAUUAAAAUGA